AUGGAUGGUGGCUGUACGCCGGGGCUUUGGCAAGCCAGCACUAAUGCCGAACUUCCCCGCGGAGUUGUUCCGCAGGGUUUGUUGUUUUUUGCAACCCGUCAGCGACGUGAUCCUGGGGCCGAAGUAUCUCGCAAAUGUGGCGAUCGCGAAGCGCAGGCUCGACGUGGAAAGUGCGAUCGAGGUGGUCUUCGCGCAGUGUUUGGAAUCCGACACUCUCGUCGGUUCGGCCUCAGAAAUCCGCGGGAGCAUCCAGGUCGAUGCGUUGCCCGGGACGAGUGCGGGUGCAGGUGUGAAACGAAUCACCGUCAAGUUGGGGGGCGACAGCUGCAUGCUGGACGGUGCGAAGACGCGCUGGCCAGCUCUAGCUGA